AUGGAGACCGAGGCUGGGCCCUGGCGGCCUUUCGACGUUGCCAUGGAGACAAGUCCCGGGCUAGGGCUCCGAAGCCCCGGCUCUCUGCUGGCUCAGAACCCCGCGGAGCCGCUGUGCGAGGCCGGAGCCGCGGUGGCGGCGGCACACUGGGACCUGCGGAAACACUCUUUGCUCAUCGUGAUCGGUGAUAUCGGUACAGAGAAUCAGCUGAGGGCCGUUCGGGCCCACCUUGAGCAAGGGAUUCUCUCCUGGAACAUUGAUUUAUCAUCCAUUGACUUGAACCAACAACUGAGACUCUUCAUUACCCGGCACCUAGCUCACUUCUCCUCAGAGGUCAAAGGCCAGAGGACCCUCUGCCACCAGAGUGAGAUCCUAGAGACCAUCGUCCUGGUAAACCCCAGUGCCGACAGCAUCAGCUCCGAGGUUCACCACUUCCUUAGCAGCCCAUCAGCUCACAAACUACUGAUCUUGAGUGGGCAAAGUUUAGAGCCUGGGGGAGACCUCAUCCUACAGAGUGGCACCUACUCCUAUCAAAACUUUGCUCAGGUCCUUCACAACCCAGAGAUUGCCCAAUUGCUCAGCAAUAGAGACCCUGGGAUCCAGGCUUUCCUCACUGUGUCCUGCUUAGGGGAGGGUGAUUGGAGCCACCUGGGACUAUCCAGUUCCCAAGAGACCCUGCACCUCCGGCUAAACCCUGAGCCCAUGCUGCCCACCAUGGAUGGUGUGGCUGAGUUCUCCGAGUAUGUCUCUGAGACCGUGGAUGUGCCAUCCCCCUUUGACCUGCUGGAGCCCCCCACCUCAGGGGGCUUCCUCAAGCUCUCCAAGCCAUGCUGCUACAUCUUCCCUGGCGGCCGCGGGGACUCUGCCCUCUUUGCCGUUAAUGGUUUCAACAUCCUGGUGGAUGGUGGCUCUGAUCGCAAGUCCUGCUUCUGGAAGCUGGUGCGGCACCUGGACCGCAUUGACUCCGUGCUGCUCACACACAUCGGGGCAGACAACCUGCCAGGCAUCAACGGACUCCUGCAGCGCAAAGUGGCAGAACUGGAGGAGGAGCAGUCCCAGGGCUCUAGCAGCUACAGUGACUGGGUGAAGAACCUCAUCUCCCCCGAGCUUGGAGUCGUCUUCUUCAACGUGCCCGAUAAGCUGCGGCUGCCUGAUGCCUCGCGGAAGGCCAAGCGCAGCAUUGAGGAGGCCUGCCUCACUCUGCAGCACUUAAACCGCCUAGGCAUCCAGGCCGAGCCGCUCUACCGUGUGGUCAGCAACACCAUCGAGCCACUGACCCUCUUCCACAAGAUGGGUGUGGGCCGCCUGGACAUGUACGUCCUCAACCCUGUCAAGGAUAGCAAGGAGAUGCAGUUCCUCAUGCAAAAGUGGGCAGGCAACAGUAAAGCUAAGACAGGCAUUGUGCUGGCUAAUGGGAAGGAGGCUGAGAUCUCGGUGCCCUACCUGACCUCCAUCACUGCUCUGGUGGUCUGGCUACCAGCCAACCCCACUGAGAAGAUUGUGCGCGUGCUUUUUCCAGGGAAUGCUCCCCAGAACAAGAUCUUGGAGGGCCUGGAAAAGCUUCGACACCUGGACUUCCUGCGCUACCCCGUGGCCACGCAGAAGGAGCUGGCCACUGGGGCUGUGCCUGCCAACCUCAAACCCAGCAAAAUCAAACAGCGGGCUGAUAGCAAGGAGAGCCUCAAGGCCACAACCAAGACAGCAGUGGGCAAGCUGGCCAAACGGGAGGAGGUGGCCGAAGAGGGAGCCAAGGAGGCCCGCUCAGAACUGGCCAAGGAGUUAGCCAAGACAGAGAAGAAGGUAAAGGAGUCAUCUGAGAAGCCCCCAGAGAAGCCUGCCAAGCCUGAGAGGGUGAGGACAGAGUCGAGUGAGGCACUGAAGGCCGAGAAGCGAAAGCUGAUCAAAGACAAGGUGGGGAAGAAGCACCUGAAAGAAAAGAUAUCAAAGCUGGAAGAGAAAAAAGACAAAGAGAAGAAAGAGAUCAAGAAGGAGAGGAAGGAGCUCAAGAAGGAUGAAGGAAGGAAGGAGGAAAAGAAGGAUGCCAAGAAGGAGGAGAAGAGGAAAGAUAUCAAACCUGAGAUCAAAAAGAUUUCCAAGCCAGACCUGAAGCCCUUUACCCCUGAGGUACGUAAGACCCUCUACAAAGCCAAGGCCCCUGGCAGAGUCAAGAUGGAGAAGAGCCGGGCUGCCCGUGGGGAGAAGGAGCUGUCCUCUGAGCCCCGGACACCCCCAGCCCAAAAGGGGACUGCACCAUUCCCAACAAGAGAGCUGGCCUUGUCUUCACCAGAGGAUCUCACACAGGACUUCGAGGAGUUGAAGCGUGAGGAGACAGGGUUGCUGGCUGAACAAAGGGACACAGGACUAGGAGAGAAACCACUCCCCCCAGACACUGCAGAGGAGGGACUCCCAAACACAGCAGCCCCGGGGGCACCACCCUCCGUCCCAGGGCUGGAACCAGAAGAGCCUGCGAUAGAGGAGAAAGAGGCUGUCCCAGACAUCCCAGAGGAACAAGGCAGCAAGGACAGAGGGCCAGACUCUGGGGCUGAAACAGAGAAAGAGAGAGCCCCCUGGGAGGAAAAGAAGGCAAAGGAAUCAGAGGGGCUCCCCGACAGAACAGAAGCCAGAGAGGAAAGUGAACCUGAGGUAAAGGAGGAUGUGAUAGAGAAGGCCGAGUUAGAGGAAAUGGAAGAGCUGCACCCUUCAGACGAGGAGGAAGAGGAAGAGACAAAGGCUGAGGGUUUUUACCAAAAACAUAUGCAAGAAGCCUUGCAGGUAACGCCAAGGGGCAGGGAGGCUCUCGGGGGCCAGGAACUAGGACUCCAAGGCAAGGCCCCUGAGAAGGAGACCUCGUCAUUCCUAAGUAGCCUGGCCACCCCUGCAGGAGCCACUGAGCACGUCUCUUACAUCCAGGACGAGACAAUCCCUGGCUACUCAGAGACCGAGCAGACUAUCUCAGAUGAGGAGAUCCAUGAUGAGCCGGAGGAGCGCGCAGCUCCACCUAGAUUUCCUACAGGUACCUAUGACCUCCCUGGGCCUGAAGGUCCUGGCCCCUCUGAGGCUAGCCAGCCUGCAGACAAUGCUGUUCCCACCACCCCCAGCAAAGGCUAUGGAGCGCCAGAGUCGGAACUCACCUACCCCCCCAACAUGGUGGCUGCCCCUCUGGCUGAAGAGGAGCAUGUGUCCUCGGCCACCUCAAUCACUGAGUGUGACAAGCUUUCUUCCUUUGCCACAUCUGUGGCUGAGGACCAGUCCGUGGCUUCACUCACAGCUCCCCAGACAGAGGAGACAGGCAAGAGCUCCCUGCUGCUUGACACGGUCACAAGCAUCCCCUCCUCCCACACGGAAGCCACUCAGGGCCUGGACUAUGUGCCAUCAGCUGGUACCAUCUCACCCACCUCCUCACUGGAAGAAGACAAAGGUUUCAAAUCACCACCCUGUGAGGAGUUCUCCGUGACUGGGGAGUCAGAGAAGAGAGGAGAGAUUGUACGGAGAGGCUUGUCUGGAGAGAGAGCCGUGGAAGAGAAAGAGGAAGAGGAAGAGGAGGAGACCGCAAAUGUACAGAUGUCCGAGAAACUUCACGGUCAGUAUGAACCCCUGAUGUUUGCUGCCCCUGGGCACACCCUACCUCCAGGGGAACCAGCCGUUGGAGACGCGGAGGAGCGCUGCCUCAGCCCAGAUGACAGCACAGUGAAGAUGGCCUCUCCCCCACCAUCUGGCCCACCCAGUGCCACCCACACGCCCUUUCAUCAGUCCCCAGUGGAAGAAAAGUCUGAGCCCCAAGACUUUCAGGAAGCAGACUCCUGGGGAGAUACUAAGCGUACACCAGGUGUGGGCAAGGAAGAUGCUGCAGAAGGGACAGUCAAGCCAGGGCCUGAAGAGGGCACACCAGAGGAGGAGGGACAGCUGCCUCCUCCCAGGAGCCCCCAGGCCCAGGAAGCACCCAUCAGCAUUGUUGGAGGACAUGCAGGCCGUACCGUCCAACUGCUGCCAGAAGAGGACAAAGCAAUAGUCUUUGAGACUGUGGAGGCGGGAGAGCCCACAGGGCCGAUUCUGGAAACAGAAGUCCUUCCCAGAGACUUGAGAACAUCACACCAAGAACCUGGUGAACCUCAGAAAGAUGAGGUGCUCCGGUUUCCUGACCGAGGCCUCUCCCCUGAAGAGGUGGAGUCCCCCUCUGUCCUCAGCGUGGUCUCCCCAGACAUUGCCAACCAAGAAGCCAUCCCUAGGUCUCCCUGUGGCCUAACAGAGCAGCACCUACACAAAGACCUUUGGCCACAGGUAUCUCCAGAAGACACCCGGUCGCUUUCUCUCUCAGAAGAGAGUCCCAGCAAGGAGACCUCUCUGGAUAUCUCUUCUAAGCAGCUGUCUCCAGAAAGCCUUGGCACCCUCCAGUUUGGGGAACUAACCCUUGGAAAGGAAGAAAAAGGGCCUCUGAUGCAGACUGAGGACACCUCUCACCACCUAGCCCCUGUGUCUAUUCCAGAAGCCCGUGCAGCCACAGGGUCACCUCCCACAGAUGGGACCAGUGGAUAUGCUGCACAGGCAGACAUCACAGAUGAGAGCCCUGACGGAAAAUUACCUGCCAGCUACUUCUCUCACUCUACACUGUUGGGAGAUGGGAAGCACUCACCUGGAAUGAUCACAAGCCCUGGUGAACACAUUCUGACACCUGAUAGCUCCCUCACCAAGAGUCCUGAGUCCUUGCCAAGCCCUGCCAUGGAGGAUAUUGCCAUGGAGUGGGAAGGUAAAGUUCCAGAGUUGAAAGAAAGACCCCCAGAGCAGAAGGAGAAGGGACCUGAGCCAAAGGAUGAAGUCCUACAGCAAAAGGACAAAAGUCUGGAGCAGAAGGAUACUGUCACAGAGCAGAAGGAUACAGCCAUCUAUCGGAAAGAUGAGGUUCUGGAAGAAAAGGACAAGGCUGUGGAACAGCAGGAUAAGGCUUUGGAACAAAAAGGCAGAGACUUAGAACAUAGGGACACAGCCCUGGAACAAAAGGACAAGGCCCUGGAAGGAAAAGGCAAAGACUUAGAACCUAAAGACAGAGACUUAGAACCAAAAGAACCUAAAGACAGAGACUUAGAACCAAAAGAACCUAAAGACAGAGACUUAGAACCAAAAGAACCUAAAGACAGAGACUUAGAACCAAAAGACAAGACCUUGGAACAGGAGGACAAGGUCCCAGGAGAGAAAGAUGAAAUCUUAGGACAAAAAGUCAGAGACUCUGAACAUAAAGACAAGGUUCCAGAGGACAAGGUCCCUGAACUGAAGGGCAAGGCCUUAGAACUGAAAGAUAAAGCCCCUGAGCAGGACAAGGCCCCGGAACAGAAGGACAAGGCCUUGGAAAAGGAGGACCAGGCUUUAGAACAAACAUACUUGGCCCUAGAACAGAAGGGUGAAGCUCUGGAACAAAACAUUAAGGCUGUUGAACAAAAAGACAAGAUUCUGGAAGAGAAGGACAAAACUCAGGAGCAGGAGAGUCCUGUGCAAGAGGAUGAAACCAUGACACUAAAGGAGAAGAUCCUAGAGGAAAAAUCUCCAGAAAAAGUCAAGGCUGUGGGACAGAAGGAAGAGGCUCUGCUGGAGAAGAGAGGCUCACUGGAAGAGAGCCCAGUGCAGGAGUACAAGGCCCGGGAGCAGGACGAGAAGUACUGGAAGGAGCAGGACGUGGUCCAGGAGUGGCAAGAAGCAUCUCCAGCCAGAGGAGAGCCAGCUGGAGAACAGAAGGAGCCUGCCCGGACAUGGGAGGACACAUCUCCUGAGCAGGAGGACAGGUACUGGAGGGGCAGAGAGGAUGCAGUCCUGGAACAGGACACAUACUGGAGGGAGCUGAGCUGUGAGCGGAAGGUCUGGUUCCCUCAUGAGCUGGGUGGCCCGGGGGCCCGGCCACGGUUCACAGAAGAGCGGGAGAGCACUUUCCUCGAUGAGGGGCCGGAUGAUGAGCAGGAAGUGCCCCCCUUGGAGCAUACACCCAAGAGUCCCUGGGCCUCAGACUUUAAGGGCUUCCAGGAGCCCUCACCACAGAAGGAGCUGGAGGUGGAGCGCUGGCUUGCUGAGUCACCAGUUGGGCUGCCACCAGAGGAAGAGGACAAGCUGACUCGCUCCCCUUUUGAGAUCAUCUCUCCUCCGGCCUCCCCACCUGAGAUGGUUGGACAGAGGGUUCCGCCGGCCACACGACAAGAGAGCCCUAUCCCAGAUCCUAAGCCCAUGCCACCCAUGAGGAAUGAGCCCACCACCCCCUCAUGGCUGGCUGACAUCCCACCAUGGGUGCCCAAGGACAGACCCCUGCCCCCUGCACCCCUCUCCCCAGCUCCAGCUCCCCCAACACCUGCCCCACAGCCACUCACUCCUGUGCCCUUCUCUUGGGACACAGCCGAGUAUGACAGUGUGGUGGCUGCAGUGCAGGAGGGGGCAGCUGAGUUGGAAGGCGGGCCGUACUCCCCACUAGGGAAGGACUACCGCAAGGCUGAAGGGGAAAGGGAAGAAGAAGGUGGGGUGGGGGUUCCUGACAGCAGUCCCCGCGGGUCAAAGGUCCCAGAAGCCAGCGAGAGCCAUGCCUCUAAAGAGCCCGAGCAGACCGAGCCAGAGCAGAGAGAGCCCACACCCUAUCCUGAUGAGCGAAGCUUCCAGUAUGCAGACAUCUAUGAGCAGAUGAUGCUCACUGGGCUGGGCCCUGCAUGCCCCACUAGAGAGCCUCCACUUGGAGCAGCUGGGGAUUGGCCCCCACACAUCUCAACCAAGGAGGAGGCUGCUGGCCGAAGCACAUCUGCAGAGAAGGAGCUUUCGUCUCCUGUCUCACCCCAUCGCCUCCAAUUCGACACUCCAACCUUCAGCUAUGCAGCUCUGGCGGGACCCACCAUACCUCCCAAGCAGGAGCCUGAGCCAGAGCCAAGCGUGGAUCCCAGCCUCACCCCACCUGCAAUACCCCCCCGUGCUCCUAUCCCCCAGAGCAAAGGCCCAAGCCCCCCACUUAAUGGUAACAUCCUGAGCCGUAGCCCAGAUAGGAGAACCCCAUCCCCCAAGGAACCAGGCCAUGGUCACUGGGAUGACAGCAUGAGUGACUUGGAGCUGGAGAAGGGGGCUCGGGAGCAGCCUGAGAAAGAGGCCCAGUCCCCAAGUCCCCCGCAACCCAUGCCUGCAGGCCCCUCCACCCUGUGGCCUGAAAGUGAGGCACAUACCAGCCCUUCCUCAGACUCACACCUGGGUCCUGCCCGACCCAGCCUGGACUUCCCUGCAUCAGCCUUUGGCUUCUCCUCAUUGCAGCCAGCUCCUCCACAGCUGCCCUCUCCAGCAGAACCCCGCUCAGCGCCCUGUGGGUCCCUUGCCUUCUCUGGUGACCGCGCUUUGGCUCUGGCUCCAGGGCCCCCCACCAGAGCCCGGCAUGAUGAGUACCUAGAAGUAACCAAGGCCCCCAGCCUGGACUCUUCACUGCCCCAGCUCCCAUCACCCAGCUCUCCUGGGGCCCCUCUCUCCAGUCUGCCGCGACCUGCCUCACCAGCCCUAUCUGAAGGCUCCUCUUCUGAGGCCACCACACCUGUGAUUUCGAGUGUGGCUGAGCGCUUCCCUCCCGGCCUGGAGGCUGCAGAACAAGGCUCUGUAGAGCUGGUCCCAGGAAUGGAACCAGCUGCCCACGGCCUCUGGGACCUCACUUCUCUGAGCCCAGCACCUCCAGCUUCACUGGACUUGGCCCCAGCUCUGGCUCCAAGCCUGCCUGGAGACAUGGAUGAGGGCACCCUGCCCUGCCGCCUGGAAUGCUCAGGGGCAGCCACCAAGAAGCCAAGCCCCUUACAGGGCCCCUCCACGGGUCAUGCCACCAAUGGCCCAACUGAAACCAGCCCCAAGCCCCCAGGCCCUGCCCCAGCUGAGGCUGAGAAAGGAAAGGCUGAGGCCUGUCCCGCCUGGGAACGUGGGGCCUGGCCUGAGGGAGCCGAGAGGAGCUCCAGGCCUGACACACUGCUCUCCCCUGAGCAGCCACUGUGCCCUGGGGGGGCCUCUGGAGACCAACCUAGAAGUGUCUCCCCUGAGAUGGAGACGGGGCCCCAGGGAUGUGCUGCUGAGCCCCGGCCCCAUCGUGGGGAACUCUCUCCAUCCUUCCUGAACCCACCUCUGUCUCAAUCCACGGAUGACAGUGACCUCUUAACUGAGGAAGCCCGGCUGGUAGGGAGAGGGGGGCGGCGUCGGGUGGGCGCUGCAGGGGCCACAGGGGGCCCCUGCCCCGUGGCAGAUGAGACACCCCCGACGUCAGUCAGCGACUCGGGCUCCUCGCAGUCAGAUUCUGACGUUCCACCAGAAACUGAGGAGUGUCCAUCCAUCACAGCUGAGGCAGCCCUCGACUCAGAUGAAGAUGGGGACUUCCUGCCUGUGGACAAAGCUGGUGGGUUUAGUGGGACUCACCAUCCCAGGCCUGGCCAUGACCCACCCCCUAUCCCCCAGCCAGACCCUCGCCCAUCCCCUCCCCGCCCUGACGUGUGCAUGGCUGACCCCGAGGGGCUCAGCUCAGAGUCUGGAAGGGUAGAGAGGCUACGGGAGAAGGAGAAGACACACGGGAGAGUCGGCCGCAGGGCCACAGGCAGGGCCAAGCCAGCGUCUCCUGCCCAGCGUCUGGAUCUUCGGGGAAAACGCUCACCCACCCCUGGUAAAGGGACUGCAGAUCGAGCAUCCCGGGUGCCACCCCGACCACGUAGCACUCCAAGCCAGGUCACCCCAGCAGAGGAAAAGGAUGGACACAGCCCCAUGUCUAAAGGCCUGGUCAAUGGACUCAAGGCAGGACCAACGGCCUUGGGUUCCAAGGGCAGCUCUGGCCCCCCUGUAUAUGUGGAUCUCGCCUAUAUCCCGAACCAUUGCAGUGGCAAGACUGCUGACCUUGACUUCUUCCGACGAGUGCGUGCAUCCUACUAUGUGGUCAGUGGGAAUGACCCUGCCAAUGGCGAGCCGAGCCGGGCUGUGCUGGACGCCCUGCUGGAGGGCAAGGCCCAGUGGGGGGAGAAUCUUCAGGUAACUCUGAUCCCUACUCACGACACGGAGGUGACUCGUGAGUGGUACCAGCAGACUCAUGAGCAGCAGCAACAACUGAACGUUCUGGUCCUGGCGAGCAGCAGCACCGUGGUCAUGCAGGAUGAGUCCUUCCCUGCCUGCAAGAUUGAGUUCUGAAAGAACCACUCUCCCCUCCCCAAGGACCUGCUCCCACACCCCCCUUAGAGAAUGGCUACUGCUGAGUCCUUUGGGGUUGAGGGACAUGGGAGUUGAGGGGGGCGAGGGGGACAGGAUGUCUCGUGGGAACUUAGGCUGGGCUAAAUGGGAGGGGUUGUCCCUCCCCUUCAUCCAUGCCUGAAAGGAGUCUCAAAACCAAAGGUAACAGGAUUAGGAUAGGGGGAGGGUGAAAAAUUAGGAUACAAGGUCAUCUGAUGCCUGAGAACCCUGGAGUGACACCCUCUCUUAGCACUGCCUAAUGCUGGUGUUGGGUGGGGAGUGAGGAUGGAUCUCAGAGAGCAACCUCCUCCCUCAUGGAGGGAGAUCAUAUCCCCAACCCCAAGGACCUCUUUAUCUUAAUCUAUGUAUUUAGCAUCCCAAGGAAGGAUUUCCAAUAGUAAUUUAUGUGACCUGGGGGCAGGAUACUGUCAGUGAGGUUGCCAGAGCUGCAUCCUUUCCUCCAUCUCCCAUUCCCUUCCCCACCAGAGUCUGGGUCCCAGCAGGGGCCUGGGGGUACGCUGCUGCUACACUGUCCCACUGCUUCCCUCCGUACCUGAAUGUUUCAAUCCAAAACUUGAAGCUCUUUUGACCAACAUUGGUGAGAGAAGAAAGGAGCUUAUCCUCCCGGCCCCUGCUUCAUACCAUUCACAUCCCAGAGCUGUGCCCAGACCAGGCCUACUGGGCAGCACAAAGGAGCAAGGAGAGCCCAGCCCCAAUCGCAGACUUCUUCCAAGCUCCCCUGACCUUAUGAAGUUUUCACCCACCCAUUCCAACUCUCCUGAUCCCUUCUCAUACCUGCUUGGCUUAUCUGCAUGUGGUCACCUGCUGUGGCCUGGUGUGUAAUGGGUUAAAAAGCCACUGCCUGACAUCCUAACAUUUGACACCCCAGCAAUGUGUGACUCCCCCAGCAUUCCACUAUACCAUCCUGCAGCUGAAAUGGGAACGCUGGCUGCUUUUCCAGCCCCAAACUCUUGGACCGAGGAUCGGGGAGGUGGAGGCCAUGCCAGAGGACUUGGGGAAAAUGAGAGGGAGAGGAAGCUGAGCUAAGUCUUAACUCCUACUGAGUGAGAUGAAAACAGGCCGAAAAUACCACCCCAGGAGAGGACCUCACCCCAAGCAAGCCAAUAAGCAGCCCUGCCAGACUACUGUGGGACUGAGAAAUCCAGACGCUCUUCAGGGCGCAGCUCUCCAAAUGACUGUGUGGUGAUCAAAACGAGACCACCUGUGUUCUUCCCAGCUCCCACCCUCUCGUGCUGCUGUGCUCUGCUCACCCCCAAACGUCCCUGCUACAGUUCCCAGCUGCUGUAACGGAGCCACCUCCAACUCUAACAAUAAAUCAAGUUCAUUACAGACGCUGUAGUGCUGCUUAGGCUUUUUCUGACUCCACACGUUGCUUAGUUGCUGGGCCCUGACUUCUAACUCUCUGCUUCUACCAGCAUGGUCAUUUAUCUUGAUGCCUUUGAUGACUGGAAGCAGUUCCAGGACCCAGGGAAGCCAGAGAAUAUAGGGCGGGUGAAGGGAGAAAAAGUUACGGGAAGCCAGCAUAAUUUCUGAAAAUAGGUGAGAAUGCCCAAGUAUGGGUAAUAGGAACUGAGGGUGGGGAUAUACAUUUGGUUUGGGGGGAGGAAAGAAAGGCAGGGGGCCUCCUGGGAAGGGGAUCUGCAUACCAUGGGGUCAAGAGCUAAGGACCGAAUAACCAGCAUCAGAUACCUUGCAUAGAAGAACACCAAAGAGGUAAGGAAUUGAGGGGCCCUAAGAGAUCCAGAGCCUAUUGAGGUUGUAAACAGCUUUCACCUGUGCAGUCAGGAUUUCCAUGAAGUAGUAUAAAAUGUUGGAUUCUCCUCUGCAGUGAAACCCGUUAUAGUCCUGGGUAUGUCAGGAAAGGCCAAGUUGUGAAUGUGAAUACAUGCGGAGGGGGAUAUUCCAGCCCCCCUAGUGUUCUAGGCUCUCCCAGUGUACAGACAUCAAGGGGGUAAAGAAAGCACACCCCGUUUAUAUCAACUCCUGACACUCACUCCCAAGCAUCAGAGUUAAAAAUUAAGAGGGUGAUUUCAACGAUCUGGUGAGAAGGCACUGUACCCUUUGGUGCUUCACAGAGAUAGAACCUCUCUUCCCGGUAACACUACUUAUUUAAGAAAUUUUGGGAUUGUAGGCUGAUUGCCAUAGGGACCUCCUGGGAUGUUUAAUCUCCAUAUUUUUAAGGUCCAUUCCUGCUCAACUAUAAUGGCUUUUGACUGGUUCAGAUUAAUUCAGUCACAGACAUGACUGACCUACAGUCAUUCAUUCUUUUUUUUUUAAAUUAUUUAUUUGGUUGUGCCAGGUCUUAGUUGUGGCUCGCAGGCUCCUUAGUUGUGUCACGGGUGCCCCUUAGCUGCGGCCAGCAGCCUCCUUAGUUGUGGCAUGCAAACUCUUAGUUGCAGCAUGCAUGUGGGAUCUAGUUCCCUGACCAGGGAUUUAACCCCGGCCCCCUGCAUUGAGAGCACAGAGUCUUAACCACUGUGCCGCCAGGGAAGUCCCCAGUCAUUCAUUCUUGAGUUCACAAGGACAUCAUCACCACCAUUAUUAUGGUUGACUAUUCUCAUUAUAUUUAUUGAGCACUCAUAGUGUUCCGGCCCCCAACUCCAAUGACCACAUUACCCCUCCUACUCAUCCCCAUCCCCAUCCCCAUAUCUUUGGGAAAAGCUUCAUAAUCACACCUGGCCUUAAAGACACAAUGAUAUGAGGACAAAUCCUAUGGGGACCCUGGAGUAUUUGGUCUUUGGCCAGUCUGUCCCUGGCUCGACUACAGAAAUAUAUAUAUAAUCUUUGCUCAUGUCUGUACAA